AGGGAGGCUUGUGAAUGCAAGCCUGAAUUGAGUUAGGCUGUGCUUCCACAAGUUUAAGAAACUAUUAGCUGCAUUAAUGAAGUGAACAGCUCAAACAAGUCGGUGUAAGGACUAUCUUUCUUUCCCUCCCUUGGUUGUGGAUUACAGUACUUCAGGACUGUUGAUACAGAAUCUUCCACUGGACAAGGCCUCACCUGUUGGAUUUGAAUUGAUGUGUGGAAACUGGGUGGGGUGAAUGACAACAGUGAACAGUAGCAGAGGACUGUGAGGAGUGGAAGAGAUCAUGAUCCCUCAGGUUUGAGAGACAGGUGAGGACAGGUCCAGGCUACCGGUCACCAUGUCUAUGCAGGAGUGUUUGGAGAGCCCAGUGCUUGAGGAUGAGGAAGGUGAGGAGGGCAAAGGGUUGGAAAAAGAGUCGGACAGAGACAGUGCGGUAGAGAGUGCAACAUCAUCAGAGAUAUCGGAUGGAGGAAGACCUGGAGAAAAAGAGGAAGAGCAUGGGCUUUGUCUACCAGGAGAAAAUUGCGCUCAGAUGUUUAAUCCCUCAGAGGCUUUUGACCAAUCAACACGUUCCUCUGCCUCUUUGAAUGAGGAGCAGUUUGAAGACUAUGGAGAAGGAGAGGAUGGAGACUACACUCCCAGCAACCCCUGCCCAGAAGACGAAAUACGCAUUAAUGGAUACUCCGAUUUGGGCUCCUCUGUUUCUUCUAGUGCUGGUCAGACUCCUCGCAAGAUGCGCCAUACUGGUGACCACAUGGAAGUGUUUUGCUCUCAGUGCUGUAAGAGGGUCAGUCUGCUCAACGACCUGGAGAACAGGUUAAAAAACCUCAAAGUCAACAGCCCUAACAGAAAGAUCUCCAGCACUGCAUUUGGAAGACAGCUGUUCCACAGCAGUAACCUCAGCAGUAGUAACGGCAGCACGGAGGAUUUGUUCAAUGACAGCAUUGACUCUUGUGAUCUAGAUAUUACUGAGAAGGUGAGUCAAUUGGACAGGAAAGUGACGGAGCUGGAAAAUGAGAUUCUGAUGAACGGGGAUGCGAAAUCCAAGCUGAAGCAGAUAAACACACAGUUGGUGCACAGGAUUCAUGAGUUGGAGGAGCAGCUAAAAGAUCAGGAGACAAAAGCAGAGCACAUGAUGGAAGAGGAGCUGAGGAGACACAGAGAGGCCUACAGCCGACUGGAGAAAGACAAAAACUCACAGAUACAGCUGCUCACUAAUCGUGUACAGCAGCUAGAGGAGGAAAAUGGAGAGAUGGAAAUGAACCUGAACAGACUGAAAUCUCAGACAGAGAAAUUGGAUGAGGCGAGGCAGCGGAUGACCGAUAAACUGGAGGAUACAAGCUUGCGGUUGAAGGAUGAGAUGGAUCUCUACAAGAAGAUGAUGGACAAGCUACGACAGAACAGAAGCGAGUUUCAGAAGGAAAGAGAGACCAUGCAGGAGCUGAUUGAGGACCUUCGGCGUGAGCUGGAGCAGCUCCAGCUGUAUAAGCUGGAGGCAGAACAAAUGGGCCAUGGCCGCAGAUCUUCCAUCAGCCUAUCAGAAUACAGCACUCGAACACGUGAGAGUGAGUUGGAGCAGGAAGUCAAGCGGCUGAAACAGAGAAGUGUUUCCAAGGACAUGCCCUCUGACCUUAAGCAGCGUAUCUCUGGUCAGGCACAACUCUGUAAAAGCUUGAUGGAAAACCAGAAACUGAGGGAACAGAAUGAAGACCUAAAUGGUCAGCUCCUCAGUCUAAGCCUCUAUGAGGCUAAAAGCCUGUUUGCCACACAAACGAAAGCACAGUCUCUGGCUAUGGAGAUUGAUCAUGCCUCCCGUGACCAGUUAAUGGAUGCUCUUAAGGAACAAGAAGAGAUAAACUACCGUCUCAGGCAAUAUAUGGACAAGGUCAUUCUAUCCAUUCUGGACCACAACCCAUCUAUUCUGGAAAUCAAAAACUAAAAGCCUGUCAUAAGCUGUUCAAAAAACGUCAAAGUGGACUUAGAGCUCCCCCUGAGGUAGCAAUAAAGCUCAAACACCUUGUGCCUCAGAAUGGACAGUAAACACAAUGUGUUGGUGUUUUGUGCACCUUUCUCAUAUUACAGGAAUCAGAAAUAUAAAGGUGAAAUAUUUAAUGCACAUUUGCAGGGCAUUUUUGCAGCUCUGUGCAACAUGAGGGAGUCACUGGAAUGUCAUUAUGGGUGCUGAAUUGCACCAAAUAAUGUGUGAAUAUUUAAACACUGGGUACACAUGCAGUCUUUUGGCUUUAUUUGGAUGGGUGUAUUGAUAUGUGUUGAGUUUGCACUGGGAUGUGAUGAGAAAGAACAGGUUGAAAAAGAGGUAGAAUUAACAAGUUGAGGCCCAAGGGAGCUUGCCCUGUUGGUGGUUUCGUCGAUUGUCCCAUUCAGAGAUGCAGUGUAUGAUUUGUGACUGAGUAGAUCAGAGUAAAGUGGUGUUUCUAGGUGUACAUUCUGGUCAGGUAAGAUUUUCCUUUGAAUGUCUUCCUACGCUGUCUGUGAUGGAACGAGGUAAGGUGAGACCAAUUAGAAGAAUACAGGAGAUAGAAUCGUAACUGCACGUUAUAAUUGUGGAACUUGAAAGCACUGCCUGCCGGCCACACUCUAGUCUCUGUUUGCAAUUAAAUGUUGGAAUGUUUAUUCUGACAUUAUAUGCAGUAUGUGUAAGCUACGAAGAGGCUGAAUAAAUAAAAUUGCAGGUGGCAGAAUGUAAUUGUCAUUGUGAAUGUACCAAACAAUUAGUAUUUCAGGUUAUUUACAGACUUCAGCAUAAAGCUUUAAGACCUGUCUGUCAUCAGCGGUGUUAUUGUAAACACUGUAAAUGGCCUUAUCGGGCCCUUUGGAAAAGGGAACUCUACUCUGUUUGAUGCCACUUGUUCUUCAAAACUACAUUUCAUUUUCAUUAAUUUUAUAGGCUACAUAUUGCAGCUCUAAAAACACACCGAAACCUCUGGCAACAUCACAGGGGGUUUCAUAUUUGGAAUGUCAGCCAUUUUUUGAAGGACAUAAUAGUCUUGUAAUGGCAACCUUGUUUUCUAGAGCAUACUAUAUUACUCACCACAAGCAUCCUCCCUGUUACAUUAAACUCUUAUUCCAAAGGCAAUGCAAUUUGUUUGUGAUAACACUUGGUAUCAGUCAACAUAUUUUCUUAUGUCACAUUUCUUUCUGGUAUUUGUGCCCUUCACUUACAAGUAAAACCCUAGUAGACCUUAUUUUUUUUUCAGUCACACAUUAAAUAGUUAUGGAGCUACCUGUACAUUACACUUUCCUAUGUUACACUUUAUACCUGUUUGUGUACUAUUUCUAACGAAUUGUAAAUUAUGUAAGACUAACUUUUUUACUCUGUUCCACUCAUUGCUUUUACAUGGUCUCUUAAAGUUUUUGUAUAUACUUUUUUUUUUUGCUUGUUCUUCUUCCAAAAGGUGAGGUAACACCAUAUUGACUACUAUCUGUUAUAUUUUUCUUUAGAAAAGAGGUGAUGGAGACAAAAGCAGUAUUACAAUGUUGCUUAUUUAUGAGAUUGGGCCAAUGGCUCAUGAUGGCAUAACAUGCUUUAAUUAGAUGGUAACUGACUUGAACAUUAAAAGAGGAUAUUUGCGCAUACUGUUGUACAGAAUGCAUCCCCAUUUAAUUUAGCAGAUCUGUGAAAACAGUGCAUAACAGAUUAGUCUGUAAUGCCUUGUUGAUACUUAAAGGGAUAGUUUACCCAAAAAUGAAAAUUCUCACAUAAGUUACUCACCCUCAUGCCAUCCCAGAUGUGUAUGACUUUCUUCUGCAGAACACAAUAGGUCCAUACAACACAAGUGAAUGGUGACUAAAACUACAAAGCUCCAAAAAGCACAUAAAAGGAGGAUAAAAGUAAUCCAUAUGACCCCAGGGGUAUAAUCCGUCUUCUGACGCAAUCCAAUUGAUUUUGUGAUAAUGUUACCCAUUUUUCACUGUGCAUCUACCACAUCUAGGCACAAUCAUGAUUUUUAAGCUUGAUUACACUUCCUAGUACUUGCAUGUGCAGAGCGCUAGAUGGCGCUAGGAAGCAUAAUCGAGCUUGAAAUCGUAAUCACCAAGGAGACUACUAAUGUCAAGAUUUAUAGUGAAAAGGGACUUAUAUUUUAGUCUGUUCUAAACCAAAAGUGAUUGGAUCACUUUAGAUGACAUGGAUUAAACCAUUGGAGUGUUAUGGAUUUCUUUUAUGCUGCCUUAAUGUGCUUUUAGGAACUUCAAAGUUUUGGUCAAAAUGUACUUGCAUUGUAUGGCCCUACAAAGCUGAGGUAUUCUUCUAAAAAUAUUGUUUGUUUUACAGAGGAAAGAAAGUCAUUCACAUCUGGGAUGGCAUGUGGGUGAGUAAAUGAUGAGAAUUUAAAUAUUUGGGUGAAAUAUUCCUUUUAAGGUUGUAAUGAGUUUAUUAGGUAACUUAUUUUUCUGAUCUUUAUUCAAAUAUAUUGAGUCCAUAUAGUCAAGCUGUUCAUGCAGGCAUUUACUUUCACAUGUUAAGUGUACUGAACUGUAACAUUAAAUUGAUCUUUGAGAAAUGCAAUUAUACAGAAUUGUGGUUAUUCCUUUUGAAGGAAUAAUACAUUAAUAUUUAACGAUAUGUUCUUGCUUUCAUCAAACGAACGAACCAAUAAUUCACAAAUAAAGAGCAUGAAGAC